AUGAUUUUAGAAGACCAGAGAUUCCUCCACGAGGAUCUAGAGCGGCUGGAGCAGGCAAUCACCGACCGAGUUGCAGAAGACCCAAAAAAUGCAAGUCAAAUCAAAGAUAGAUUAACCCGCGACCACCAGAUUGACGGCUUUCUCAGUCGCAUCCAAGAGCAAUCCAAACGUCUGCUGGACAUAUACAAAGACGCAGAGGGUCUCCGGCUGAAAGAAGUCCAGUCCCUGUCGACCGGCGAACCAUUCGAAGAAUUCUACAAACAACUCGAAGAAAUCAAAGAUUUCCACCGGCGGUACCCCAAUGAGCCUGUCGAAAACCUCGAGCGCGCCUACAAGCGCCGGCGGCCAGAAGAAGGAGAAUAUAUACCCUCAGAGGUGGAUAACAUGUUCAGCGGGGAAGAGUCGAACGGCCGAUUUUUGGACUUGACGCAACUGCACGAAGACUACCUCAACAUUCCUGGAAUAAAGCGCCUGACGUAUCUCCAGUAUUUGGACAACUUUGACGCAUUUGAACUUCCUCGACUGCCCAUCAAACGGCAGAAUAAGAUCACUGACCAAUAUUUACAAUACGUGGCCAACCUGGACAGCUAUUUGGAGAGCUUUGUCCGAAGGACGAGACCUUUAGAAGAUCAGACGAAAAUGUUCCUGAGAUUUCAGCGGGAGUUCGACGCGGCGUGGGAAGCGGGAACAGUACCGGGCUGGACAAAAGAGCAGAAAGAGCAGGAGUCAACAAAUGCUUCAGCGGCAUCAAGACCGCAAACCGAAGGUACUGGCGCAGGAGUAUGGUGUCCGGAUUGCGAAAAGGAGUUCACGAACCAGAAUGUCUACAAGUCCCACUUGACCGGCAAGAAGCACAUCAAGAACGCCGAAGCAAAGAAAUCCCGGAUAGCCGCCAACGGCCAUGGCGCCACGAAUGGCGCCACGGGAGGAUCCUCGAAACCCCUUGCAGUGGCUCCCUCGUUAUCAGGCACAGCGCUCAAAGAACGUGCCAUUGCCUCGCACGAACACCGCAUCCGCGCCCUCGCCGACCUCCUCUCCAAUGAACGGAGCAACACGCGUGUGAACGUUGAGCGCAAACAAGGCAUGACGGAACGGGAGCGACAGGCCGAAUUAGAUGCUCUCUUCGCCGAAGACGAUGCCGCCGUCGCCGCGUCCGACCGCAGAGCAGCAGGGAAGAAUAGAACAGGUGGCGAGGAUUCAGGGUCCGACUCAGAAGGCGAUGAGAAAAUCUACAACCCGCUGAAACUGCCCCUGGCGUGGGAUGGGAAACCGAUCCCUUACUGGCUUUAUAAACUGCACGGCCUGGGCGUGGAGUUCAACUGCGAAAUCUGCGGCAACUUCGUCUACAUGGGCCGGCGGGCGUUCGACAAACACUUCUCUGAGGCGCGCCACAUCUACGGUCUCAAGUGUCUGGGCAUCACCGGCUCCGCCUUGUCCGGCGCGGCCGUGGGGGCCGGUGGCCUGAGCCUGUUCCGCGAGAUCACGGGCAUCGAGGACGCGCUGAAACUGUGGGACAAGAUCAAGAAGGAGAAGCGCGAGAAGGAAGUCAAGGAGGACCAGGUCGUGCAGAUGGAGGACGGCGAGGGCAAUGUUAUGCCCGAGCGCAUUUAUCUGGAUCUGCAAAAGCAGGGUAUCUUAUGA